AUGUCGGUCACCAUUCCCUUGCGGACCUUCGAUAACACAACGGGUCCCGCUCACGCGGACAAACUUCGACAUUCUAUCUGCUCAACCUCCGCUACUCGAACCGGUCGAAUCCCCCUUGAGCAGCAGGACACUAAGGAAGACUGUAUAUGUGAUAUCCGAAGUGACAAUGCAGAAAGAGGUCACUUUUCCGAAGCUGAAAAGUACGGUGACGCCUCACAGUUGGUUGUCGACUCAUGCGAACAUCCCCUCUUUCCGCCAUUACCAUCGUACGGCACUCCGACUGCCGCUAGCCAUUUACGUUUCUUAGCGAUUCGAAUCGUUUCGUUCUUCCUUUCGGUGGGAUUCCUGACGGUUAUCUUCAUCGGCGCACUCCUAUCUACCCUCGGUUCGGGAAUCCUCAACGUGUGCGCCCGCCUCAAAGGCCGACGGCCUACAUCGGAAAGAACAUUUAGAGAGGAAGAACAGACUCGCCGACUUGCCAGAGCUGAGGCCGAUCGAAAAUGGCAUAUUCGCCAACAGAAAAAGCACGUGGAUGAAGAACAGGGCUCGGACGAGUGUCCGCCACAGGAAGGCGGCAAGGAUCCCAUAGUAUCCGACGUUGCUUACUACGCUCGCCGGGUUGGCCUGGAUGUCGAGACCUUCCGAGUCCAAACUGAAGACGGUUUCAUCAUCACAUUAUGGCAUGUCUAUAAUCCACAGGAGUAUGCAACUCUUCCGGCAGAGCAACGACGCGAACGGGGAUCCACUGUUUUCAGUGACUCAAAGAAGCCUUAUUCAUCCAGGGUUCAUUCGAAGCGUCGUUACCCAGUGCUUCUCAUUCACGGUUUGCUACAGAGCGCAGGUACCUACUGUACCAAUGACGACGACAGUCUUGCAUUCUAUCUCUGCAAAGCAGGAUAUGAUGUAUGGCUGGGCAAUAACCGUUGCGGUUUGCACCCAGAGCACACCACUCUAGCACCUUCUGACCCUCGCAUGUGGUCUUGGGAUAUUCGACAUCUAGGCUCACUUGAUCUUACCGCCCUGACAUCUCGCGUGCUGUACGAGACCGGCUUCGAGAAGCUGGGCCUAGUGUGUCACUCACAAGGUACAACUGAAACCUUUGUGGCAUUGGCUAAAGAACAUCGCCCUGAACUUGGAGACCGCAUUUCAGUCUUCUGCGCUCUUGCUCCAGCAGCGUACGCAGGGCCACUGGUGAGCAAGCCUUAUUUCCGAUUCAUGCGUAUACUUUCCCCGGACAUGUUUCGACUCUUCUUUGGUGUGCAUGCUUUCAUUCCCAUUAUGAUGACUUUCCAACGGUAUUCUCAUCCGAAGAUAUAUGGAACCCUUGCAUAUUGGGUCUUUUCAUUUUUAUUCGGUUGGUCUGACGCCCGCUGGGAGCGCGACCUACGACAUCGCAUGUUCCAAUUCGCCCCCGUGUAUGUCAGUGCGGAGUCCAUGCGGUGGUGGCUUGGCAGCGAGAGUUUUGCCAAGCACAAGUGUAUUUUAUCAACUCAGGAGCAGACGCUCUCUGAAAACAAAACCAAAGACCAAUUCCUGCAAGAUACCGAUCGGGAACAUGGCGAUGACCCUGGAGAUCCUUGUCUAGCUUCCUCGGAGGACAAUGCUUGGUUUGGCCCCGGGACACCACCUUUUGCACUUUGGGUCGGAGGCUCGGAUGCAUUAGUGGAUGGACGUCGGCUUCUUGAGCGUUUCGAGAAAGGGCAUGAGCCUCAUGUGCGAGUCGUGCACUCCAAGAUCAUUGAGGAGUAUGAGCAUCUCGAUGUCUUGUGGGCGAUUGAUGCCGUCGAGCAGGUCGGCAAGGAAGUCCGCCAGGUUAUCUGGCAAACUAUGCCAGAGGAUGCACGGAGUAUAUGUCGUGUUCCAUUUGGAGUCAGCCCCAACCCGCUCGACGAUUAA